AUGUCUGACAAAGGCCAGGAUGUCGAUUUAACAAGAGCCAAACAAAAUACUGGUGUUUGGCUGGUAAAGGUUCCUAAGUAUCUUUCCCUGCAGUGGGGGAAAGCAUCUGGACAAGGAGAAGUUGGAAAGCUUAAAAUAGCUAAAAGCCAAGGAAAAACAAUGGUGUCAUUCAGUCUGAACGAGGAGCUGACCGUGGUUGAGAGUUCAGGGGAGAUAGCCUCAUCAGUGCGAGCCCCAAGAGAACAUCCCUUCUCCAUGCAGUCUGUGGGGGGCCAGACUUUGGCUGUCUUUACAGAGAGCUCCUCAGACCAGAUUACUAUUGAAGGCAUGGUGGUACAGCGUGCUGAGUGCAGACCUGCAGUCCAAGAGAGCUAUGUAAAAUUAAAGAAACUGCAGAUUGAGGAAUCAACCAAGCCACUCCGACUGUCUCAGCGGCUGGACAAAGCAGUUACCACAAAUUACAAACCUGUGUCCAAUCACUCCUAUAAUGUGGAAUAUGAAAAGAAAAAGAGAGAAGAAGGCAAGAGAGCCAGGGCUGACAAGGAGAAAGUUCUGGAAAUGCUCUUCUCUGCUUUUGAGAAGCACCAGUACUACAACAUUAAGAACCUGGUGGAGAUCACUAAACAACCUGUGAUUUACCUGAAAGAAAUUCUGCGCGAGAUUGGAGUUUAUAAUUCCAGAGGACCUCACAAAAGCACCUGGGAACUCAAACCGGAAUACCGCCACUACCAGGAAGGAGAGGAGGAUGAAGGCAACAUGGAUUAAAGUGACAUGGCUUCAUUUCAGCACACAUCCAGUACUGAAAAGUGGUUUGU